CUCACGCCCAAUACGGCUCCGCUCGCUCGGGUGGCCGAAAGCCGAGGUCGGGAUGCGGCUGCUGCGAGGCGGGCUGGGCUUUCUGCUGCGGGCGGGGAUGCGCCACGGGCCCGGCCGGCCUCUCUACGAGCAGGGCCAGAGCCCCUCGCCCCGCACUCGCGAGUACUUCUACUAUAUCGACCACCAGGGGCAGCUUUUUCUGGAUGACGCCAAGGUCAAGAACUUCAUCACCUGCUUCAAAGAUAAGCAUUUCCUGGUGUUUUUCUUCAAGCAACUCAAGGUGAAUCGGAGCGGCCGCUACGAGGACUCCUUCCCCUACCUCUCACCCUGCGGUCGGGAGCACAACUAUGUCCGCUGUGACGACCUUCCCAUCGUCUUCACCCACCUCUUGCAGGGGAGCUCUGGUGAGGAGCUCCUGUCCUACUGUGGUGGCGCGGACAGACUGACAGUGUCCUUCCAGCCCAAAAAGCUGCUGAUGCGCCCCGAGAAUGGGCGCGUCUACCAUCCUGGCCCAGAAAAAACCGGAGGCGUGGGGCUGGUGAAAUCAGCAUUGGCCUUUGAGCUUAGCCCCCACUUUGAAUACGAGCAGGGACCUGGCCAGCCUCCCACCCAUUUUCGUUGGCAGGACAAACGCCAUGUUCUCACCAAUGAGCUGUUGCCACUAAUCCGGGACCAGGAGAAGGACGGGGGAGCCUAGAGGCAGAGCUAGCGAGGGGCUCUGUUUGACAACCAGUGAUCGACCCACUGCCUUAAUUAUGUGAGAACUGUUGCUGCCAACCUGUGUGGUAACUGUAGCAGUGAGAGGAGCCCGUAUUCUGUAAUUCCAGACGCCUUAUCCAUUCAAGCAGCCUGUGGGAAGCUUCCAGUCCAAGGCAGCUGGUCCCUUUGAAUGAGGGAAUUCUGAAUCUUCCGAGGUCCGUUUGAAUGUUUGUAGGGGUUCUGCAUGAGGGUUGGUGGGCCGCUGUCCCGUGGUGCUGGAAGAGGGAACCCACCAAGAACAUCCUACCCAUUCACAGCAAGGAACUGGAGGGGCCAGGCUGUCGUGUGCUGCUCACCAGCGGUCAAAGCAGGGCACAUCCCUGCUUGGCCGCUUGCCGCAGCGCUGGUAUAUCUAUGGCAGGUAUUGCAAUAAAGAGCAGGCUGUCCCUUGGGAUGAUCUCUUCCGUGAGAUGUCAUGAUUUAUAGGUUUGUUUGUUUAGGAAAUCUGUUGUACAGUUUAGGAUGUAAAAUACAAUCCCAGUAAACCAGUCAGCAUAAAACAAUAAAAUAUCAGCCUGACAGAAA